AUGAAAGUUGAGGAGUUGAUCAUUGAUGGCUUCAAGUCUUACGCAACUCGUACUGUAAUCAGCAACUGGGACCCUCAGUUUAAUGCUAUCACUGGUCUCAAUGGUUCAGGCAAGUCCAACAUCCUUGACGCGAUAUGUUUUGUGCUAGGUAUCGCCAGUAUGUCUACAGUGAGAGCAUCCAACUUGCAGGAUUUAAUCUACAAACGUGGUCAGGCUGGCGUCACUAAAGCCAGUGUUACUAUUGUGUUUGAUAACUCCGAAACAGAUAAAUCCCCUAUAGGGUUUGAAGGAUACGCUAAGAUCAGUGUCACUAGACAGAUCAUUCUCGGUGGGACAUCAAAAUACCUUGUCAAUGGUCACAAAGCACAGCAGCAAAACGUUCUCAAUCUAUUUCAGUCUGUGCAGCUAAAUAUCAAUAAUCCCAAUUUCUUGAUUAUGCAAGGCAAGAUCACCAAGGUACUCAAUAUGAAGCCAUCAGAAAUCUUAUCCCUUAUAGAAGAAGCAGCUGGGACGAAGACAUUUGAAGAUAGAAAGGAAAAGGCACAGAAGACGAUGACAAAGAAGGAUGUCCGACUCAACGAGAUUAAAAGUCUUCUUUCUGAAGAAGUCGAGCCCAAGUUGGAGAAGUUUCGCAAGGAUAAACGGACUUUCUUAGAAUUCCAACAAGUUCAAACUGAUCUUGAAAGACUAUCCCGUUUUGUUAGCUGCUAUAGAUACAGAGAUCGUUCUCAGAAAUUCGACCGAUACUCGACGUUACGUUCGGAACAUGAAAAUAUAAAGGCGGAACAUAAUGCCAACAUUGAAAGACUAAACAGUGAAAUUGAUAAUUUGACUCGCGACCUCGAAGAAGUGAAGAAACAGCGACAAGCAGAACUUGCACAGGGUGGUCGUAUCGAGCUGCUCGAAAACGAAGAGACACAGCUUUCAGAUAGAGUCACUAGACUAAUGACGUCUCGGGAUUUGCUUUCUGAGAACAUCAAAGAUGAAAGGUCUAAGCUCGUGAAGCUACAACAGCAGUCAUCCCUUAUAGAGGAGCUGAUAUCAAACAGCAAAAAUGACUACCAAUCAGCACAGAAACUAUACGACGAGUCCAGAGAAAAGCUAAAAAAAUUAAGGGAGGACCAUGCAAAGAAGGAGGAACUACUCACCGCUCUUUCCACUGGUGUCUCAGGAAAGGGUACUGACAGUGGCUAUAUGUCGCAGCUUCGAAAGGCAAAGGAAGAACUAAGCAACAGUCAAGGUCUCAUCAAGCAAGCCGAACUCAAAAUAAAUCACAUUAAAGAGAAGAAUCAAGGGAAUCAGGCAGAGCUCGCAAGGGCGAGAGAGGAAUUCAAGGCUUUACUGCAAGAAACGAAAAACUAUGAAGAACAAAUUUUAUCGAAGGAAACUAAGCUAGCAAGUUUUGGAUUCGAUGUGAAAGCGUACGAGGAUCUCACAGGGCAAGAAAAAGAAUUGCGACACCACAUAGCUGAUCUACAGAAUCAACUUGGUUAUUUGAGGCGCGAGGUCGGUAGCAUAGAUUUUCACUAUUCUCGCCCAUAUCCCGACUUUGAUCCCGAAUCGAUCAAAGGUGUGGCUAUGCAGUUAUUUAAGUUGAAUGAAGACCAUCUUGACAAAGCCUUGGCUCUUCAAGUAUGUGCGGGAGGAAGAUUGUACAACGUUGUCGUCGAUAAUGCCAAUACUGCCUCUGCGCUUCUUGAAAAGGGUCAACUCAAGAGAAGAGUCACUAUCAUUCCUUUGGAUAAAAUAAGUGCGGGAACUAUCCCUGAUCAUGUUGUUCAAUACGCCAAGGAGAAGUGUCCAGGCAAGGUUGAGCUCUCCCUCAAUCUCAUAGAUUUUGAAGAUGAGCUUUACAAAGCUAUGGCCUUUAUUUUUGGUAAGACAUUUAUUUGUCAAGAUCCGCUAACAGCAAAGGUGAUAACUUUCGAUCCCCAAAUCAGAGUAAGAUCAAUUACAACCGAAGGCGAUAUUUACGAUCCAGAGGGUAACCUUUCAGGAGGCAGUCGCAAAAAUAAUGCUUCGACCUUACUUUUAAUGCAAAAGUAUAAUGCAGUUGCUCAAAAGCUAAAAAAUGCGGAAAGAGAAUACGCAGCUAUUAAGCAUGAGCUUGCACGUCUUGACAAACUUGGUGAGCAAACUCGGUCAUUGCAAAACGAACUCAUGCUUAGCCGCCACGAAUUUUCAUUGUUGCAAAAGAAGCUUGAAAGUAAUCCUGCUUCUGCAAUAAUCAGAGAAAAUGAGAGUAAUGAGGCAGAUUUGAAAAAUUUGAGGGAACAGAUCGAGAGGGAGCAUGCCAAUUCUAAGGACUUGGAGAAGAAGAUCAAGACAAUUCAGGAAGAUAUCGACGAUUUCAAUAAAGAUAAAGGAUCUAAACUUAAAGAACUCGAAAAAGAUUUGAAAGGAAUCAAAGCGCAAAUAGAUUCUCAAACCAACGCGGUAAGAACACAAUCCGACGAGUUUCAAAAGGUGGAGGUCGAAAUGCAGCAAAAAGUCCUGGAGCUUGAGUCGACCAAGGAUUCGAUCAGUUCAUCUCUGAGACUUGUGGAAGAUGCCGCAAAAGAGUAUGAGGAAACAAUUAGUUCACUAGAAGAAGCUGCCGAGUCGUUGAAGGCCAAACGAACCCAGGUGGAGGAUGAGAAAGCUAAGCUCCUUGGGUUCAAUGAUGAGAUCAAUGAACUUGGUGAAACUCUCCAGUCCAAGAACGAAGAACUCAACGAGGCUAAAUUGUCUAUUCAGAGGCUAAAUCACGACCUAGAGAAUGCUGUUGCUAUUACCUCCAAAUUACGUGACGAACUUGAUACUUUGCUCAAGGAGAAUGAAUGGCUCGUUGAUGAGUCUGUUGUAAACAACAUUUUACAACAGCACAGGGAUGAGAAUAUCAAGGAAUGCGAGCAAAGAUUAGGAACCUUGAAGGAGCGUUUUGACAGCAUGCGUAAAAAGGUGAAUGCCAAUAUCAUGAGUCAGAUAGAUAAUGUUGAAAAAAAGGAAGCAUCUUUAAGACAUAUGAUCAAGACGAUCACAAAAGAUAAAUCGAAGAUUGAGAACACAAUUGAAAAGCUUAAUGGUUACAAGAGGCGUACGUUAGAAGAAACCUACAAAAAAGUCUCGGAAGAUUUUGGAAAUAUCUUUGCAGAUCUUUUACCAGGCUCCUUUGCAAAAUUGGUUCCGGUGAACUCGUUUGACGUUGCGAAAGGUUUAGAGGUGAAGGUCAAGCUAGGACUGGUGUGGAAAGAAAGUCUCACGGAGUUGUCAGGGGGUCAGAGAUCUUUGAUUGCACUCUCACUCAUCAUGGCCCUUUUGCAAUUUAAACCUGCCCCAAUGUACAUUUUGGACGAGGUGGAUGCUGCUCUUGAUAUGUCACACACUCAAAACAUAGGUCAUUUGAUCAAGACGAGAUUUAAAGGGUCACAAUUCAUCAUUGUAUCCUUGAAAGAAGGUAUGUUCACCAACGCCAACAGAGUGUUUAGAACAAGGUUUCAGGACGGAACUUCUAUGGUGUACACCAUGUGA